AGAUCAGAAGUUGGUCGGAAGAAGUUAGGAAGAGAGUAUCUGUAGUAGAAAAUCUUUUUAGACGCAAUAUAGUUUGGAUAAAGUUUAUUUUAUAUACAUGUGCCGUUUUGUGAUCCUAUUACAACAAGCUCAGUGUGUAUUGAGGAUGACACUCUAAACGAUUUAGAGAGUUAAAUAGCAACUUGUGUAUCAUUGAGAAUAUUUUUUCACAGCAAUGCGACGUCGACCGAAUGUUUGUGUUCAAGUUGCUUUCUUAGUGUUCGCGUUCAUCCCAAGUUUUAUCCAAGUGAUGGUGACGUGUUCCCCAAAUCCGUGUGAAAAUGGAGCUUCUUACGUGCUCAACGUGCGCGGAGAAGCCCACUGCAAAUGUCCGCCAAUGUUUGUUGGAGAGUACUGUCAGUACCUGAAUCCCUGCCAUACUGGUGCUGGACCAAGAUGCCAGAACGGUGGCAGUUGUAACGUAAACCUGAGUGUCAGGACUAGUCCAACUUUUACGUGCACCUGUCCGAUUGGUUACACAGCUUCACUCUGUGAGAUUGCUCUUCCGAAUAUUUGUGACAGUGACCCGUGUCAGAAUGGGGGCACGUGCACUCUCAAAUCACUGGACAAUUAUACGUGUACGUGCGCAGCAGGAUUUAGAGGGAACCAUUGUGAACAAGUGGACCACUGCGCUUCUCAACCUUGUCGUAACGGUGCCUCCUGCCAGUCUUUACGGGAUUCAUACCGCUGCACCUGUGCUCAAGGGUUCACUGGAAGCACAUGCACGCGUGACAUCAACGAGUGCCAAAAAGAUCCUUGUAUUUACGGCGUGUGCAUGAAUACUGUCGGCUCUUACAGAUGUUUCUGUAAUUUUGGUUACACUGGCCAGAGGUGUGAGUCUAAGUACGUUCCUUGUGAUCCCAGUCCUUGUAAGAAUGGUGGAACCUGUAACCCCAUCGAGACUUUGAGCUACCAAUGUUCGUGUCUGCCAGGCUUCACGGGCAUCGACUGUGAUAUCAAUAUUGACGAUUGCGUCGGGAAUUUGUGUCAGAAUGGAGCCACUUGCGUAGAUGAAGUAGACAAGUACACUUGCAGGUGCCCCCCAAAUUAUACAGGACCAUACUGCAGCAAAGAUGUGGACGAGUGCGCGUUAAAGCCCAGUAUAUGUCAAAACGGGGCUACCUGUAUAAACGUAAUCGGCGGUUACUCUUGUAUUUGUGUAAACGGUUGGAGUGGGACUGAUUGCAGUGAAAAUAUCGACGACUGUGCAGGCGCUGCUUGUUUCAAUGGAGCCACUUGCCAUGAUCGUGUUGGAUCAUUUAUCUGUGAAUGCGCUCAAGGAAAAACUGGCUUAUUAUGCCACCUAGAUGAUGCCUGUGCAAGCAACCCUUGCCAUUCAGGAGCUAUCUGCAACACACAUCCGAUAGACGGAAGUUACCGAUGUUCGUGCCCUAGCGGUUUUCAGGGAAACGACUGCACAGAUGAUGUCGAUGAAUGCAAAGAAGGUUCGCCAUGUGAACAUGGAGGUGUAUGUGUAAACACUCCAGGCUCAUUUACCUGCAAUUGUACCAAAGGAUUUUCUGGACCUAGGUGCGAACUGAAUAUUAACGAAUGUGAAUCUAAUCCUUGCCAAAACGAUGGGACUUGUUUAGACGAAAGAGGUGGAUUUCGUUGUGUCUGUAUGCCAGGAUACAAUGGAGAUCGAUGUGAACUAGAUGUUGACGAAUGUUUUCCAAACCCUUGUUUUAACGGUGGGCUUUGUAGCGAUAGAAUCAAUGGUUAUAGAUGCCUUUGCCCAAUCGGCUUUUCUGGCAGGAAAUGUGAACUGAAUGAUGACGACUGCCUUAGUCAACCGUGCCGAAAUGGCGCUACCUGUAAAGACGGCGUUGCAGGUUUUACUUGUGCUUGUUCAUCAGGUUUUACAGGCCGGAUAUGUGAUACAAACAUUAAUGACUGUCACACUUCUCCAUGCCAUCACGGAGAAUGCAUUGACGGGAUCAACAGUUACAGGUGUAAAUGUAGUCCUGGUUACACUGGCAUCCACUGUCAGACCACGAUCAACGAGUGUCUCAGUAACCCUUGCCAACAUGACGGAUUCUGUGAAGACCUCAUCAAUGGAUACCAGUGUCGCUGUCGUUUAGGGACUUUUGGACCGAACUGUGAACAUAACAUCAAUGAGUGCUUCACCAAUCCUUGUCGCAACGGUGCAACGUGCAAAGAUGGGAUCAAUUCCUACUCUUGUGUAUGCGCUCCCGGUUUUACAGGUCUCCAUUGUGAAAUAAAUAUCGAUGAAUGUGCCAGAAGUCCUUGUGCAAAUGGAGGUAAAUGUAUUGAUCUUGAGAAUGGAUUUAAAUGCGACUGCCCUAGGGGAUAUUUUGAUGCACACUGUCUUUCUGAUGUCAACGAAUGUGAAAGCGAUCCGUGUUUAAAUAAUGGCACAUGUGAAAAUGAAGUCAACAGGUACAUUUGUCACUGCCCUCAAGGUUAUGGAGGUCUUCGCUGUGAAUUGGACAUAGAUGAAUGUCAAUCGAACCCUUGUCAACAUGGAGGCAGCUGUCAUGAUGCUCUGGCUAGCUAUGUGUGUACGUGCCUGGAAGGAUAUACUGGACAAAACUGUGAAGUGAACGUCGAUGAUUGUGCAGAUAGCCCAUGCUUGAAUGGGGGCUCCUGUAUUGAUUUAGUUAAUGCUUAUGAGUGUACCUGUGUGGUUUCUUAUAGUGGUCAGAAAUGUGAAGUGAAACUGGAUCCAUGCUACCCAAAUAAAUGCAAAAACAGAGCAAAAUGCACUCCAUCCUCAAAUUACUUGGAUUUUGCCUGUACUUGUGAACUUGGUUAUACAGGCAGAUUGUGUGAUGAAGACAUCAAUGAAUGUGUCAUUUCAUCACCAUGUCAUAAUGGAGCCACAUGUGUUAACAUCAAUGGUUCGUACACCUGCAUCUGUGCUAAAGGAUAUGAAGGAAGAGACUGUUUAGUAAACAUAGAUGACUGUGCAUCUUUUCCUUGUCAGAAUGGAGGAACAUGUUUAGAUGAUAUUGGGGAGUACACCUGUCUCUGUAUUGAUGGUUUUGGAGGAAAACACUGUGAAACUGACAUUGAUGAAUGUGCCAGCAGCCCUUGCCAAAAUGGAGCUACUUGUAAGGAUUAUGUGAACAGCUACACUUGCAGUUGUGCACUUGGAUUUAGUGGAACAAACUGCCAGACUAAUGAUGAAGAUUGUACUUCUAGCUCUUGCAUGAAUGGAGGAACUUGUAUAGAUGGAAUUAAUACCUACACUUGUCACUGUGCCGAGGGAUACACAGGUUCAAACUGCCAAUUACACAUUAAUGAAUGUGAUUCCAACCCCUGUGAGAAUGGAGCAACAUGUGUUGACCAUGUGGGGUACUACACAUGCCACUGUGUAUUUGGCUAUAUAGGGUUGCAGUGUCAAGAUGUGUUUGACUGGUGUAAUACAAAACCAUGUAUGAAUGGAGCUACGUGUAAGCAAAAUAAAAAUGCAUACCAGUGCGUGUGUCGACCUGGGUGGACGGGUAUCCUCUGUGAUGUGUCAAUGGUGUCUUGCUCUGAUGCUGCCCUUCAAAAAGGCAUUGAGGUGAGUGAAUUGUGCAAUAAUGGUGGAACAUGUGAAAACAUUGGAAAUAGUCAUCAGUGCUACUGUCUAAAGGGCUAUGAAGGAAGUUACUGUCAACAUGAAAUCAAUGAAUGUGCAUCACAACCAUGCCAGAAUGGUGCAACUUGUCGUGACAUGAUUGGACAAUACAGAUGUGAUUGCCCUUCUGGUUUUGAAGGCUUAAACUGUGAGGUCAAUAUUGAUGAUUGUGACCCAGAACCAUGUCGAAAUGGAGGAACUUGCCAUGACCUAGUUAAUAAGUUUGUUUGCUCCUGUCCCCAUGGAACUGUGGGUGUUCUGUGUGAGAUAAAUGAGAAUGAGUGUUUUGAUGGAGCAUGCCACCAUGGAGGCUCUUGUAUCGAUAAAGUUGGAGGCUAUGAAUGUGUGUGUCCACCAGGAUUUGUAGGACCAAGGUGUGAAGGUGAUGUGAAUGAAUGCCUCUCCAACCCUUGUAGUAACCCCGGUGCUCAGGACUGUGUACAAUUAGUCAAUGACUAUCAGUGUGGAUGCAAACCUGGUUUUAUGGGUCGACACUGUGAGACCAAGGUUGAUUUCUGUGCUUCAAACCCAUGUUUAAAUGGUGGAAUCUGUAAUAGCAGUCAAAAUGGUCCUAACUGUGUUUGCCCUGUCGGAUUCUGGGGAGAAAACUGUGGAAACACUGACAUUACAUGUGCUAGUAACCCUUGUAAAAGUGGAGGCCAUUGCCAACCUCAUCAUACUGGGUACAUUUGUAUAUGUCCUCAGGGGACUAAUGGCAAACACUGUGAUAUUGACAUUUAUGAUGAGUGUAUAUCAUCACCAUGCUUGAAUGAAGGAACUUGCAUUAAUAGAAUGGGUAAAUUUGAAUGUGUGUGUCCACAAAGUUGGAAUGGGUUUCGUUGUGAAAAUCUUGAUCCUGUCUUCAGAGGAGGAACUGGGGCAGUAUUUAUUUCAGUUGAGAACCUACAGAAGUCUUUAGAGGAAGAGAAGAAACAGUGUAUUUUCCAAAUGUGCAAAUCUAAGGCUGGAGACCAUCAUUGUGAUGAAGAGUGUAACAGUUUGGCUUGCAAUUUUGAUGGAGGAGAUUGUUCUUUGGGUAUAAAACCAUGGGAAAAUUGUACAGCAGCUAUCAACUGUUGGGAUGUAUUCCGCAACCAUGAGUGUAACCCUGAAUGUAACAACACUGAAUGUCUCUUUGAUGGAUUUGAUUGCACUCAGUACCUUUCACCAUGCAAUGAAUUAUAUGAUAGCUACUGCCAAAUGAAUUAUGCAAAUGGAAGGUGUGAUUCUGAAUGUAAUAAAGAGGAGUGUAAUUGGGAUGGUUUGGAUUGUGAAAAUGAUCAUCCUCAGUUAGCAGAUGGUGAACUUGUCAUCUUCAUUUUGAUGGAUUCAGCAGACUUUCAAGCUAACAACAUCUCCCUUUUGAGGGAAAUUGGACAUGUUCUACGAACAAAUGUAAGGCUUAAAACGAACAUUAAAGGGGAUCAGAUGAUUUAUCCAUGGAAACCUAGAGAUCCCGAUGAGCUUUCCCGGCAUAGUGGCAAAUUUGGAAUUGAAGUUCAUUUGGAGAUUGAUAAUCGACGAUGUCUUAAAUCAACGUAUAGUGAAUGUUUCCAGUCAGCAGCAGAAGCUGCACGGUUUCUUGCUGCAUCUCAUUCUCGUCAUUCCCUGGAUACUGCUUUCCAAAUUGAAAAGAUUCAAGGUUCAGGUGAACUUGAGAAUAAUCACACUCCUGAUGUCACCUAUCCAAAUAUGGUUUACAUCGUUAUUGGAGUGAUUUUGAUAAUCUUGCUUGGACUGCUACUUGGAGUACUUGUUACAGCACAGAGGAAACGAGUACGAGGUAUCACCUGGUUUCCUGAGGGUUUCUUCAAGAAUAAUAGUUGUCAAAGGCAGCAGUCACAACGUCGAGGACCAGAUGGACAGGAGAUGAGGAAUAUGCACAAGCAUGCUUUUACUCACAGAGCUGAUGUGGAUUCCAACGAUAACAAUGCCAUUCCUUCUGACAUAGGAAAAUGGAGUGAUGAGGACUUGGGAGAUCAUCCCUCUGUCAAGAGGAUGAAAAAUGAACAUUCUCCAGAUCCCAGCUUUGGAGAUACUCACACAGUAAUAACCACUACUGAUUAUGAUGAAAAUGAUCCUCGACCUUGGACACAGCAACAUCUUGAUGCAGCAGAUGUUCAUUAUCCUGAUAUUCUUGCUUUGACUCCUCCACAAGCAGAUAGUGAAUUAGAUCCAGGAAACGUUGAUGUUAGAGGUCCAGGAGGUCUCACACCCCUUAUGUUAGCAUCCUUUCGAGGAGGAGGCUUGGAUAUAGGUGAAGAUGUGGAGGAAGAUUACGGAUCUGUUAGCAUGAUACAAGACCUUCUUAAUCAAGGAGCUAUAAUCAACAUGACAACUGAGCGAACAGGAGAAACAUCUCUCCAUCUUGCUGCUAGAUAUGCUCGUGCUGAUGCUGCUAAACGACUUCUUGAUGCAGGUGCUGAUGCCAAUUCACAGGACAAUACUGGUCGAACUCCUUUACAUGCUGCCAUCUCAGCUGAUGCUCAGGGAGUCUUUCAGAUUUUGUUAAGGAAUAGAGCUACAAACCUAAAUGCUAGAAUGCAUGAUGGAACAACACCAUUGAUCCUGGCUUCAAGACUUGCUAUUGAGGGAAUGGUCGAAGACUUGAUAAAUGCAGAAGCUGAUAUUAAUGCAUCUGAUAAUCUUGGGAAAACAGCAUUACACUGGGCAGCAGCAGUUAAUAAUGUAGAUGCUGUCCAAGUUCUGUUGGCCUGUGGAGCAAAUAGGGAUGGCCAAGAUGGAAAAGGGGAAACACCUCUGUUCCUAGCUGCCAGAGAGGGUAGUUAUCAAAGUGUUAGAGUGCUGUUAGAACACUUUGGAAAUCGAGACAUUACUGAUGAAAUGGAUCGUUUGCCAAGAGAUGUAGCCUUGGAACGUAUGCAUCAUGAUAUUGUGAGAAUGUUGGAUGAAUAUAUUCCCCAGAUGUCUCAUAUGCCUAAUAGCACAAGUGGCAACUCUCCACCCAUGAUUAAUGGUUCCACAAGAUCUACCAACUCCAAGAGAAGGUCAAAGAUUAACAAGAUGGCUGCAACGUCUAUACAAAAUGGGAAAAACCUUUCUUUUCAGAAUAGUAAGGAAGGAAUUAGAAAAAAAGCUUCAAUUAAAAAACAUGAAGAGCAAAUCCCAGCUGCUGUACAAGGAUUGAAAGGACAGAAUAACUUACCCUUAUUUAACUCUUUUGAUUCAAAUCCUACAAAUGGUACACAUUUUUCUUUUGAAAACAGUUUUUACAAUGGACAUGAAUUAGCCCUAACUCACCCUAUUUUCACAUCGUUAGAUAGUAUAGCAUGCACAAUGCCCAUAAAACAAUCUCCUCAUUAUAAUGAAUGUAUUAAUCCACAGACUUAUGGAACAAUAAGAAGUAAGGAUGGGCUUCUGGUAUAUGUAAAUGAGGGAAUGUUCCCUCAUUUGCAGGAAAUAAAUAAUAUUACACCUCUUUGCUCUCAACAGAGUUCAAUACCAGAUAACCUAACACUGACCCAGGUGCCAACAUCCUACCAACUUUCUUCAUCUUCUCCAGAAAACCAAAGACCCUCACUUCCAACCUCUCCCACCCAUAUGGUUGCAAUAAGGGCUGCCCACCAGCAAGAAAAUGCACAAAUUCAACCUCAACAAAGUGCCAGCCACACCUAUGAUUACUCUGUCAUGCUGGACUCAAGUUUACAUAACAUAAAUCCACAGGGAUCAGCAACUGGUCAGCAACAAGUGCCUUUUAACCAUCCAUUUCAUUUUCCAACCCCUCCUUCCCAACACAGCUGUAGUGGGUCAGAGGUUACUCAGCAUCACUAUCUGCACACCCCAGAGACAUACUUAACUCCUUCUCCUGAAUCUCCUGGGCAUUGGUCAAGCUCUUCCCCCUAUUCUGCUCAAAGUGAUUGGUCAGAAGGUGUUUCUAGCCCAAUGAAUGCAAAAAAUCUGCAAACACUGUCCUCAGUGAAAUCACAACAACAAGCAGCACUUCAUCCUCAACAACAAAUUCAAAGUACACAUCCACCACCAGAAGCAGUAUUUAUUUAAUAAUUAUAUUGUGUUUUUUGUUUGAAAAUAUCACGUGAUGAAGAAGAUAGCAAAAAAUGACUUGAAAAAGAGAUAACACUUAAAAACAAAUCUUCCUAUUGCCAGCUCACAUCAUAUGAGUUUGUAAAAUAUUGUGUAGUUCAAAAAUACUCACUGAAAGGGAUGUACUCACUCCAGAUAAUAUAUUUAUUGAAGAUGUUCACAUGUGAGCAAGUCUUGUUGGUUCAAUUUUAGUGAUAAAAGCAUUAUACUUUAUGUACAGACCACUUCAGGCUUGUGUCAUUGUUAAAAAUAUUUUUAGGGGGGUAUGUAGAAUUUUUUAUCAUUAUUCUACCUGAGAGAGAAAAGUGAUUUAUCUGUAAUUGGGACAUUGUGUUUCUUAUACACAGUACAGUUAAACUUUUAUUAACAUUUUGGUUUACCAUUAAUCUAGUUUCUUUUUUAAGUGGAAGCAGAAAUGUCAUCUCCUUUUCUUUCAACAGGCAGUUACAGUUCACUAAAGUUCUCAAACAGACAACUUCUUAUUUUAUUUGUGUAAUUUAUGAACUUUGUUUUAGUUAUCAGUUUGUUGUUGUUGUUUUUUUCGAUAAAUGCCUUUCUUUGUAAGUUUCAGAUAACAUUGCAUUUUUCAUUUGUGGAUUAUUAUAAAGAUCUGAUGAAACUUCUUAAAGUUUAUUUUAUUUUUAAGCCAGUUUCUUUUUAUAACAGAGAUGUCUAGUUUAAAGUAAUGUUGUAUUUCAUGACCACUACUUUCCAGAAACCUAUAUCUGUGAUUGGGAAAAAUAUAAAAAAUGUGUUUGUCAGGAAGUAUCUCUUUGCUAGUUUCAAAUUUCAAAUUGUUUAUUAUAAAUGGCAUUAAAAUUAAGGUAUUUAGAUUAUAACAAAAUUCUAUCCCUUCAUGAUUUGGAAAUGAUCUCAUUAGCAGAAAAUAAAUCUAUUAAAAUUAUUAUUUUUCGUAUUUUCUUUUUUGAGAUACAAAACUUUUACAUGUGGAUCAAACUCAAGAGCUUGGGAAUCCAUCUAAAAAUUACAUUUGUAAAUAAAAGCUACUUCACUUGUAUUAAUUUUUUUGUCAGCUCCAUACCACUAACUUCAGUAAUUGUUAAUAUUUUGAAUUUUAAUAUUAGUUUAUCUUAAAUAAGCUUCUUUCAGAACCUCGCCAAAACAAAGACUAUAAACAUGUUUUUUUCGUCUUCUUCUUCUUAAGUUACCAGAAUUUUUUCAACCUUUUGAACAUAAUUUUUAUGUUUAAUCAUGUAAAAUAGUAAAGCAUUAAAACAAGCCUAUAGAAUUAUAUGUAAAAAUAUAAAGGUGUAGAAGUUAAGACUGUUUUAUCUCAUUUCACUCUGAUACAUAGAGAAAAGAGCUAUAUAUAUAUAUAUUGUAUUGUUUUAUUGUAUUAUUUUUCUACCAAUUGUAAGAUACUUGUUAUUCUGUGAUUAAAAAAUGAAAUGCAGCCAUCUAUAACUGACGUUAGUUUCUAGUAUUUCAUUUAGAGUUUGGACAAACUACAGUAUUAGUUUUAAAUUUAUAAAAGAUUAACUGAUCACUAUUGCUUGAACUUUGAUCUGCUUUUAUUAAAUUAUUUAUGAAAAUGUACUGUAGAUUUUUUUUCAAAAUCCUAGAGGACGUUAGUUUCUCAGGGCUGCCUAGUAAGUUGUGAAAUACAUGAUAUAUAUGACGUGUAUUAGUCAUUCAUCUUUUAUGUACAUAUAUAUAUAUAUAUAUCAGUGUUUGAUGUUUUAGCCAUUAUUUUUGCAUGUGUACAACACAAAUUAUUCUUCUAUGGGUUUUACAGUAUUAAAUGUAUU